UUUUCUGGAUGUACAGCGAUGGAUUGAUGAGGAAGAAAAGGUGGAGGAGACAAUUUUACUCUCCCUCCUCCCCUUCCUCCUCUUCAUCCUUCCCAACAUUUAUUUCUUCAUUUAAUCAACAACAACAAUCACCAAAAUAUUUUUCUAAUCAUUUUUUGUUAUUUUUUGGCAUUUUCACUCUUUUAUUAAUUAUUCAACCAGUUAAUGCUGGCACUAAUUGUACAGAAGCAGAUUCAACAAGAAAUUGUGUUGAUGGAAUGCUUGUACCUAUAUGGAAACCUUUUUUAGAUUUGGGGACUGAAGAUAGAUUUUUGAGAGGAAUAAUAUAUUUUUUUGUUAUUGCAUAUUUGUUUUUGGGUGUUUCUAUUGUUGCUGAUAGGUUUAUGUCGAGUAUUGAAGUUUGUAUUUUUUAUAGUUUAUUUAAUGUUUUUCCGGAAAACACAUUUGAGAAUAUUUAA